UUUUAAGGACGUAUUUAAUGUUUAGCUCAUCGUCACCUUCAACAAUAUCAAACAGUGGCCGGCUACGGCGGCCGGCGUUCGUUUUAGUAAAUUAAUCGAAUAAUAAGUACUUUUUCCAAAAUGUGUUUGUGGAUUCUGACAGCAUGUUUGGGGAUGCUCCCAGCGAACCCAACGCCAAUUGUGAUCGUGUCUGGGGUACCGGCACCAAUCAUAGUGCCCACUGCAGCACCAGUAACGGCUGCCACCACGACCACUACUGCUGCUGCGACCACGAAUGCGACAUUGGCGCCUACACCACCACCCACGACCACUACGACAACAACGACAGCAGCGACCACCACCACCUCCACGGCAGCUCCAACGCCUCCCCCUACAACCACAACUACAACUACAACUGCAGCUACGACUACGACGACGACAACAACCACAACUACUUUAGGCCCGCUCCCGAUUGACCCUCGGCUCGGCACCACCCCGGCUUCGGCAGCUGUAAACAUGCCUCCUAUAAGUGGAUAUAGUGCACAAAUACCAAAUUAUAAUAGCGCUGUCAAUUUUCCACGGCAACGCAGAAGCGUGGACCAGAAAUCCGGAGUAAACAUGAAAGAGUUCUUAUGUAACUUAGGAUCCGAGAAAGAACACAAAAUUGUAAAAAGACAAAGUAACUGUGCAUGUGUGCCCACUGGAACUUGUAUCCGAUCUGGUACUAAUUCAGGUGCUGGUAUGAUUGACAUCAGAAUAGUUACUCCGGUAGUAACUCAGUGUCCAGCUGGUCAGGAGUAUUGUUGCGGCAACACUACUACGUCUACAUUGAUAAAUUGUGGUACGCUGCAAUCUGUGCCCACUACAGCCAUUACACCGGCUGCUGGACAAGCUAACUUUGGAGAAUAUCCUUGGCAGACUCUAAUAUUGACGAGGCAGAACGACUACAUAGCUGGAGGUGUUCUGAUUAAUCAGCUGAAUGUUCUGACUGUCACCCAUAAAUUGCUGCCUUAUGUUGUUUCAGGCACAGCUCCAAAUGUGAAGGUCCGUCUUGGCGAGUGGGAUGCGGCUGGCACUUACGAACCUGUUCCCUUCCAAGAGUACACAGUGACCAGGGUGUUUAGCCAUCCGAAUUACAACGCUAAUACCUUGCAAUACGAUAUCAUGGUGUUGAGGCUAUCUGCUACUGUGCCUAUCACACCCAAUGCUGGAGCUGCAGUCACUAUCAACAGAGCUUGUCUACCACCGACGUCUAACAGCACUUAUACGGGACAAAGAUGUUGGGUAUCAGGUUGGGGUAAAGACAUGUUUGGCAUCCAAGGCCAGUAUCAACAAAUAUUGAAAAAAGUAGAUGUACCAAUAGUAGCUCCUGCCACAUGUCAGACACAAAUGCAAACAGCCAGACUUGGAGCGUCCUUUGUACUGGAUACCACUUCUUUCAUCUGUGCUGGUGGAGAGGCCAACAAGGAUUCGUGUACAGGUGACGGAGGUUCUGGCCUGGUGUGUCAAGUGAAUGGACAGUGGGUUGUAGUGGGGCUGGUAUCGUGGGGUCUCGGCUGUGCUAAUGCCAACGUUCCCGCCGCAUAUGUCAAUGUCGCAGCUUUCUUACCUUGGAUACAACAGCAAGUGGCCACUGCUUAGUGACCCUACUAUAAACUCAAUCUGUUGUUAUAAGCUAUGUCUGUAUUGACAAAUUAGACAUCGACUUAUUUAUAAAGUUGUAUAAUGCUAUCAAUUAUACAGAUUUUCCUGUAGUUGGUUAUACUUUAAUUAGUAGCUAGCAUACCUAUAUAAUGUAGGUAAAAU